UUGUAUUGAUUCGUUUUUUGAUCGUCGGAUGUUGAAAAAUCUCUCUGAUUCUUGGAUUUUGUAUAAUGAUGUUUGUUGGAGAGAGAAAAAAAAAACUUUAUGACCCAUGUUUUUGUUUUCCCUUUUCAUUGUGAGUUUAUGGCUUUUUGCUUUCUAUGAUAUGAUGUGGGUUACGGUUUCUUUUGAGGGGUUUUUUGUAUUGUGUGUGUAGUUGCGUUUUCUUGGAUUUAGUGAUCUUUCUUUUGAUGGGUUAUGUUCUCGAGCUGGAAAUCUAAUAAUGUGGUUGUUAUGAGUUCUGAUGUUUUCUUUGAUAUUUUUGGUUUUUUUUUUUUUUUUGAGGUUCUGUAGGAGUCGAUCGCUUUUCAGGGUGGAGUUUUUGUUUUUUGAAAUCUUUUUCUUGGUUUUGAAGGUUUCGUUUCUUGAAUGACUUGCUUAUUGGGCAAUCGAUCGUUUCAGAUGAUGAGAUUGUUCUUGAUGGGUUUGUGAUUGUUGAUUAAAGGAUGUUGCUAUAGAGUACUUGUUGGUUUAUUUUUGUACAACGCGAGGUUGUCAUUUCAGUUUAAAUUUGAUGUGAUUGAAGAUAUACUGAUAGUACUUUGUUCUUUUGUGAUUGUCCUGUUGGUUUUGACAUAGGAAAUAUACUAUUCUUCAUCUAAGACUUAUUACUAUUCUGGUAUAUAGGUGAUUAAGGGGGGUUUCCCGUGUACAAAAUAGAAAAAUGGGCAGUAAACUGAAGUUUGAACUUGAGAGAUUUCUUAGUGAGAAUCCAAUAGUCGCUUGUGAAAAUGUAUUUGCUGAAAAAUCUGUUCAAAAAGGAGUAUCAUCAAUGACUGCAGAUUCUUGUACUGGUUUGUCCUUGGAGAAACUUCACAGUAAUGGAAGUUUGGAGAAUGGACCGGUCUUGAUCAAUGAGUUUCAGCAAUCAAGUACUGGUCAGUUUCUGACUGGGGAAAGUAACCGGAUCGGAGUUCGAUCAUUGACAUCUGCAGUGGAGAAAUUAAGUUUGGGUGGGGAGGGGACAGGGCAAACUUGGAUGAAUCACCCCAAUUUAAUGAAUGACCAAUUUGAAAGUUAUAUGAAUAAGCAAUCGAUCAACUCUGAACCAUCAACGGUAGCUAAUCCCUCUUUGAGGUCUUCAAAUCGUGUGAGCAAUGGUUAUUAUGAAAUUUCUGUGCCAGGUCUUUCCCCUCAGCUCUCAUUUCCAGCAAGAUUCGUAUCUGAUGUCCAAAAGAAGGGGGAGGCUGGUCACCUUACACCAUUUGAGACUCCUAACUCUGCUAUGCCGUUCACUAAUGAAGUUCCUGCUAGAAAUUUGCAGUUUCCUUUAUCCUCUCAUCGUGAUCAGAUGUUGCUGAAUGGGUUAUCCCCAGUUCAUUUUAUGCACUCACAACAAAUGAAUCAUGGUGAAAUAGGUCCAAAUUGUGCAAAAGGAGAGCAGCUCCACAGCUGCAGGAUGCAAUGGCAGCAGCAAUACCUGCAUGAUCUUCAUAAUCAGCAACUAGAGCGUUCGAAUCUAUUUGAAUCUUGUGGUAAUGCUGCAUUUGGGUUGCGGUUUCAGAGUCCUAAGCAGCAACGCUUUGUCGAGGUUCCAUUUCAUCCCUGUCGUGAGCAAUCUAAACAUGAAGGAUUCUGCAAUGGGGCUGCACAUUGUGCAGCUUCAGGGAUACCAAAUCAUGCAUUUGCUUCACCUUAUCUAGAUACAUUAGAUGCACAGGAAAAAUGUUUCAAGCAAAGUUCUCCUAGAAAGGUCCCCACAAGGGCCCAUGGACUGAUCGGAGUUGAUACUGAGAAACUCAAAUAUUAUUUUAGUCAAAACGGAUUUCUUUGUCCAAGUUGUUAUGUUAGGCAGUAUGGUUUUCCUUCAACAGCCAAAGAUUGCAUCUGUCACGACAACUUUAGGGUACCUUCUAUGUUAUCUAGUAAUGCAAAUCGUAACACAGAGAUUCCACCUCUAAAAUGUAACUCUCUUGAUGAAGCCAGUGGUAAAAUAUAUCUCAUGGCUAAAGAUCAACAUGGUUGUCGCUUCUUACAACGGAUGUUCAGUGAGGGUACUAAGGAAGAUAUUGAGAUCAUUUUUGGUGAGAUCAUUCAUCAUGUUUCUGAGCUCAUGGUAGAUCCUUUUGGAAACUAUUUGAUACAGAAGCUCCUUGGAGUUUGUGAUGAGGAUCAGCGCCUUCAAAUUCUUUACAAAAUAAAUAGACCUGGUGAACUAAUUCGAAUUUCGUGUAAUAUGCAUGGGACUCGUGCUGUUCAAAAACUCAUUGAGACUCUCAAAACCCCAGAGCAAUUUUCCUUGAUUGUCUCUUUAUUGAAGACUGGUAUAGUUAUUCUCAUGAAAAAUGUAAAUGGUAACCAUGUAGCACAGCAUUGCCUGCAGUAUUUGAUGCCUGAUUAUAUUGGGUUUCUUUUUGAGGCUGCAACAAAAUCUUGUGUCGAGGUUGCAACUGAUCGUCAUGGUUGUUGUGUGCUUCAAAAAUGUCUUGCUGUUUCUGAUGCUGGACACCGAGACCGUUUGCUAAGUGAGGUUGUACGUAAUGCUUUGGUCCUUUCCCAAGAUCAGUACGGGAACUAUGUUGUGCAAUUUGCCCUCGAGCUUGCACGGUGCCCUUCUAUGCUUCCUUGGGUGACAUCUGGCAUCUUCAAACGGCUGGAGGGCCAUUUUUCAGACUUGUCCAUCCAGAAAUAUAGCAGUAAUGUUGUUGAAAGAUGUGUUUACGCCGGAGAUGAAUAUCUUGCUAAAGUCGUCGAUGAGUUGAUAAAUGACGAACGAUUCAGCCAAAUUAUGCUGAACCCAUAUGGAAACUAUGCAGUUCAAGCAGUGCUAGCUCGUUCUGGGAUCUGCAAAAGUUCUGUGCAUGCUAAACUUGUGGCUGCGAUCAGACCCCACGUCCCUUUGCUUAGGACGAACAUGUACGGGAAGAAAGUCCUUGCAGUGCUCGCAAAAACAAACUAAUUGGCACAAUGGUCAACUAAGAUUGUCUGUCUCUAACCUGCAUUCUUUUUUUUGUUGUUGUUUGUUAAGGAGGGCAUAGCUAGUGUUUUCCUCAUGUUGUUUUCUUCUCUUUUUUUCCUUGUGUUUGUAAAGAGAGCUUAGGCAAUUGACCAUGGAUUGCAAAGGCGUGCAACAUGGUUCCAUCUCCUUAUCUCAAAAAAACCGGAGAUGAAGUAUCCAUUUCGUGGAUGUUACCGUGAUGACAAACGGUUACGCAUCUGUAUUUUUUCCUUUUGUAGAUUCGUUGUUGUACUAGAGACCGAGAUGGUAAGCUUAGGCUCUUUUCAGUAAUGUAUAGACUUGCAAACUUUUGAGUAUGGUUCUUUUAAUAUGAUUGAAAAUCAUGCUCAUGUGAGGAGUCAUCUGCUUUUCCUCA